UACUCUCGCCUUGCGCUGAUUUAACAGGUGAAGUCACCGGUCUUCGUCUCCUGUUGGACUCUGCUGCCGCCAAAUUGAUGCUAUGAUCCUCUCCGGCGAGCUUCCGGAGGCUACCGUAGCCGUUGCAGUCUGCGAUGGCGGGCGGAGCCGCCGCGCCGUUCGAUGGGCCGCUAGAAACCUAAUCCCCCACGCCUACCGUGUCCUCCUUCUCCACGUUAUCCCCACGGUUUCCUUCAUUCCAUCUCCUUCGGGGCGGAGAAUCCCAGUUGAGGGAAUGGAGAAGGGAGUGGUGGAUUUGUUCGUGGAGGAUGUGAAGGCGAAGGCAGAAGAGGUUUUUUUGCCCUUUCGGAAGCUUUGUCGUACGAAAAAUGUUGAGACUUUGUUGAUGUAUGGGACGAGCACAGAAGAUGUUAUCUUGAACUAUAUGCGUGAUUCCGGUAUUAAAAACUUGGUCUUGGGAUCCUCUUCGAUGGGAUGGAUCAGAAGGAUGUUGAAGGGUCCAGAUGUUCCAGCAAGAGCUCUAAAAUCAGCUCCUAGCUCGUUCAACAUUUUUGUUGUUUCACGCUGCAAGGUUACUUUGAAAUUUGGUAAUCAUUUAUUAAGUGAUGGAAGCAGUAUCAGCAUACAACCUAAAAGAAUCAGUAGAAAAUCAUUUUGUCCAACUGAAUGGAACUGUAUAUCUAAAAAACAGUCAUCUUCAAAGAGUUCAGAAAUCCAUGAUUUGCUGAUAGCACCAUCAGAUGUGGAUACUAAUUCUGAUAUCAGUGGAAAUUUUGAAAGGACUCUAUCAUUGUCUUCUGUGGGAAUCGGAGAGGAAAGCAAAGUGGAUGGAAGGAAUACAAUAGUAAACAAGUUUGAGAAAUUAGAUGCUUCUGUAACAGACAUCCUAUUCCUGAACCUUCCCUCUGCAGAUAAUGUGAAUGGUGGGGCUCCAUCUGAAGCUAUUAGGGUGAAGCUUGAUGUGCAGAAGACUCUUGCGUUAUAUAAGAAGACCUGUAAAGAUCUACUUCGUGCAAAGAAGAAGCUUGAACUACUGACUGAUGAAUGCUCUACAAAACAAAAGAAAGUGAAUGUUGCGGAAGGGGCUAAGCACUUAGAAGCCAUUAAAGAAGUUGAAGAAACAAGGCAACUGGUUGGACAUAAAGCAGAAAAACUUGCGAGGAAAUUUACCUUCGUAAAAUCAAAUGCACUUGAUGACCUUUUCUCUAGCAAUAAAAGAUUUAGAAGAUAUUCUAGGCAUGAAAUAGAAGCUGCAACAGAUAACUUCUCUGAUUCUAGGAAGAUAGGAGAGGGUGCUUAUGGAUGCGUUUAUAUGUGCAACAUUGAUCACAUACCGGUAGCUGUCAAGGUAGUUUGGCAAGAUGCAUCUGAUAAGAAGGAAGAAUUUCUUAGAGAGGUUGAAGUUCUGAGUCAACUACAUCAUCCUCACAUGGUUGCAUUACUAGGUGUCUGCCCUGAGAGUGGGUGUCUUGUUUAUGAAUACAUGGAGAAUGGAAGCUUAGAGGAUCAGUUAUUUAACAGGGAGAAUUCCCCUCCACUUCCAUGGUUUAUUCGCUUCCGAAUCAUAUUUGAAGUGGCAUGUGCACUUGCAUUUCUACAUGGAAAUAAACCUGAUCCUAUCGUUCAUCGCGACUUGAAACCAGGGAACAUCUUAUUAGAUAAGAACUUUGUGAGCAAGGUUGGAGAUGUGGGACUGGCAAAACUCAUAUCUGAUAUUGUUCCUGAUAGUAUAACUGAAUAUAAGGAAACUAUUCUUGCUGGUACAUGGUAUUACAUGGAUCCUGAAUACCAAAGGACCGGCACCAUUCGACCCAAAUCCGAUCUAUACGCAUUAGGACUCAUUACUCUUCAAUUGCUUACUGGCUUGCAGGUAAGGGGCCUUAUAAUACAAGUAGAGAAUGCAAUCGAAGAUCGUACCUUCGCCGAUAUACUUGACAAAUCUGUAUCUGAUUGGCCUCUUAUAGAGGCUGAGAAACUAGCAAAGAUUGCAUUAAAAUGUUCAAGGCUAAGAUGCAGAGACAGGCCAGAUCUGGAGUCUGAAGUAUUGCCAGAACUUGAAGAGUUGUUGAACAUGGCAAAUGUAUGUUUGAAGUUGAAACAAUACAAUGUCUGUGCUCCUGGUCAUUAUCUAUGUCCAAUUCUACAGGAGGUAAUGGAUGACCCUUACAUUGCUGCUGAUGGAUAUACAUAUGAGCUCAGAGCAAUCAAAGCAUGGCUUGACAGACAUAAAGUCUCACCUGUAACAAGACUCGAGCUUCCACACCCAGAGGUAAUCCCCAACCAUUCUUUGCGCGUAGCGAUACAAGAAUGGAAAUCUCGUGUGUCAUUUUCAAUGUGAUGAAAUGAAUAUUUUGCCGGAGGCAUUCCUAUUGCGUGAGACUUCCAGUUAAUGUGGGUUUUUGGGAAGGAUUGAUGUAUAGCUUUAUCUCCCUAUGUUACAGAGGUUAUUUUCAUAAUUUGAACUGAGGACCUUCAAAUCAUAGUGGAGGCAAUCUCCCCUUGUUGUAGCUAAAUAAUCCACUUGUCAGAUGGAGGGAACCCAAGUGCUGUAUUAGUAUAGAAAUAGAUCUUGCAUUGUAGAUCUUUGUUAGUGUUGUAGAGUUUGUCAACUAUGUGCACAGAGAGUAGAAGACAAUUUUAGUAAUUGAGAUAUGAAUAAUCAAUACAAGAAUGUGUUGUCCUGCCAUUGACAA